AUGGAAGAAAAAACUGUCCAAAGAAUUCCGAAACUGUUCGUUUUCGAUUUGGACGAUACCGUUUGGGGCCCCGAACUUGACUUUUACAUGAACAAGCCAGUUGGCUUUUUGAAGGACAUUGAAGAGAUUCUACUUGAACUUUACAAAGGAGAAAAGUUCAAAGGGGCGAAACUAGCUGUGGCAUCUUCCAGUGGUUUUCCAGCCAGAGGAAAGAAGAAAAUGAAAGACAUGAAAAUCAGGGACGAUUUGGCGCUGGAAGAUGUCUUUUCUUUUGUUGAAAUUUACAGGAAAGAAAAAGACCGUCAUUUCGCGGCGCUGAAAAGCAAAUCCGGAAUCGACUUUAGCGACAUGAUUUUCUACGAUAACCAAAUGAACAACCACGAAACCGUGAAAAAACUCGGUGUUACCUGCGUCUUCUGUCCGGAUGGAUUGGACAAGAGACUCUUUAGCAAGUCCCUGGAGAAUUUUCCUUCGAAAGAGGGCAAGAUUAUUACCUAG